AUCCUUCAGGACAUCAAUAGAGUCACUAUGUUGAAUAAUCACAGCCUAUCAGGCAAUAGGCUUGCAACAGCAGCUCCACUGCCUGUGACAUCACUCCUGAAGCUCAAACCGCAAGCUAAGCUCCCUUCAUUAGUCAGUCUGUUGGUCUGUCUCCUUUUCCAGAUCUACAGACCUUUGCACACUCGGAACAUACUGCUCUGAGAAGAAGAGCUGUGGAAAUCAGAAGUACAGGGAAAGAAAGAAAAGAGGAUACAGAGAAAGAAACAAAGAAAAAAACAAAAGACAAUCUACAAUAUGAAAUUCAUCUCAGCUUGUUACUUGCUGCUUCUUUUCCCUGUUCUAGUUUUCAGCACAAGACAGGGCUAUGAAGAACUGGAAAGACAACUGAAAGACGUCUUUAAGGAAAGGAGCAAUAUCCUCCGUCAACUGUCGAAGACCUCAAAAGAACUUGAAGGAAUUAAAGUAAACCUGCAGUCUUUGAAAAAUGAUGAGGCAUCUGCCAAAAGUGAUGUGCAGAAACUUCUGGAAUUAGGCCAAAAGCAAAGGGAAGAAAUGAAAUCUCUCCAGGAGGCCUUUCAAAAACAGCUUAAUGAGGCAGCUGAGAAAGCAGAAAAACAGCAGGCUACUAUUAACUUUCUGAAGUCUGAAAUGGAAAGGAAGAGCAAAAUGAUCAGAGAUCUCCAGAAUGAGAACAAAAGCCUGAAAAACAAACUCCUGUCGGGAAACAAGCUUUGUGGUAUUCAUGCAGAAGAGUCAAAAAAGAUACAAGCCCAGCUGAAGGAGUUUCGCUAUGGGAAAAAGGAUUUGAUUUUUAAGGCACAACAGCUAACAGAUCUGGAGCAAAAGUUAGCAAUUGCAAAAGAUAACCUGGAAAAAGCCGCCCUUGACAAAGAGUCACAGCUGAAAGCUCUGAAGGAGACUGUACAACUCUGCCUGUCUUCCGUUCUGCACAAUCAACCACCCACUACAAAUAUAAUCCCUUCAAAACCAACUGAGAAGCUGACAUCCCAAGUUACAAACGACUCAAAAGUUCGAUUUCAAGUGACAAAUACCAAGCAAAAUGCCUCAGCAGAUAAGGAGACCCUUCAUGUUGCCUCAACAAAGGAAGCAAAUCAAAGUGUCCAGGAGUGGGAUUCUCAAGAUAGAACUGAAUUCUCACACAGUCAUAAAAAUUGUAAUUCCUGUCAAGACUAAAUUGUAAUGAGAUGUUGUGAAAAAAUAUACAAUUGAAACAGAAAAGUAUAGAAAAAAUAAACCAGUAAAAAUAAGGUUAGCAUAGUCUGCAAAUAAAUGAACUUGAUUGAUCAUCUUUUCCCAUGAAGUUUUCAUCUUGGGAUCAGACAGCGUGCAGCUCUCUGCAUAUGCACCUUGCAUUGAUUUCAGUGAGAGCUCUGCACAUACGGGGACCUGAAGGAUUGAGGCCUUCAUAAUGCCUCCAAAUCAACGGACAGCAUAUGCAAGUCAGUUAAUAAAUUAUCUGUUACCAUUAGGUUCUGGAUCAGAGAAUUUACUAUAGUAGAAAGACUUUAAAAUCAAAAAGAGUUUGACAGAUUAUCAAUGGGGUAAAGGUGUUCAGGAUUUUCCCACAGUUAAUCUGUAAAGUUCACUCGUUAGUAAAAUAUCUGUAGAUUGAGUAACUGAGCACCUAUCAAAUAGGGGAUGGACAUGUGCAGGAAAGAGAGAGAAAGAUCACCUCUGACCGCGUCCUCCAUUACUGUUUGAAUUUGAGGAGGUGUAACAAAAUUGGCUGUGUAGAUUAGAGGAAUGAGCAAAAGAUAGGAGGGGCUUGAGUUCUAAUCCAGACUCUGCCUCUUUCUGUCUCCGAUUCCUGUUCUCCAAUGUGUGGAUAAUAAUAUUUAGCUACCCAACUCAAAGGAGUGUAGGGAGAGCUAUUUUGUUAAUAACUGGAGAGUGACAGGAGAGGGAGACUCUGUCAAGGCCACACCUAGUCUAGAUUUUGCCUGGCCCUUCCCCACCCAUCUCUAUACAGGGGCAGGCACUCCCCAGGGUCAGGAAUCAGGGAAUUAGAUUUCUCAGUGGGGAUAGGUAAGUGUAAGGCCAGGAACUGAAGCAAGCAGAGCUGUGAUGGAGGGGGGAGGCAUGCUGCAUUUUUCCAAAAGAGUACAGUAAGGACAGCUACCAGACUAUAUUCCCUCUUAAUCAUUACCCUCACUUCAAAUGCAAGCAGUGAGUUAGGGCCAUAACCUUGCCUAAAAUAUGUCACUGGAUCAGGAUAAUAUAUACGUCGAUCAAUGAGGUGAUCAAAAGGUUUUCCAAGCUGAUGAAGUCUGCAUUUUAUCAGAAAAAUAUUAUAAUAAUAAACCAAAUCCCAAAACAUCACACAUUGCAGCAUAUUGAAAAUAGUCAACUAAACUAGUAAAAUAUCUAUCUGGCAUGACUUUUGACUGAAUAGCACCUCUUAGAAGUGCAGCACCUAUCUCUUUUGUAACGUACCCAUUGUACCAAUAAUACUGUAAUAUGGAGUUGGAACUUGAGUUGCUGUACUGGAUCAGAGCAGUGGUUCAUCUAGUCCAGAAUCCUAUCUCUGAUGGUGGCCAGUAACAGAUGUUUCAAAGGAAGGUGCAAGAAAUCUUGCAGUGAGCUGUUUCAGGAUAACCUGGCACAGAGCGGUCUCCUGCUAACUGCCAAUGGUUAUAGGUUGGCUGACACCAUGGACUUAGAAUUUCAGAAUGUUGUGAUCCUUUUUACCAUCAGGAAGACUUUGUGUUCUUAAAUACAGUGAGCUGUAAUAAAUAUCAAGAGUAAAAGAAGAUGUUGGAAAAGUGGGGUGCAAGCAUCGUUAUCUUUUCAUAGUCUUAAAAUUAAAACACAAUUUUUAGUCACACUAACUAGCCUUGAGGAGUCUCUUAAUGUCCCAGAAUUUUGCUCUUUCAUAGAACAGCCUCCAUGGUUCAUCAAAUAUUUGUAACUGGACCAAUGCAUCUCUGCUUAAUCAUAUCUUUCUUGCUUACUAAUAUAGUUUCCCAAGUGUACAAUCUCAUCCAUCUCUUUCAUCUAUGCUGCCCUUCUUACAUCCACAUUCUUUAUUCAUCUGUCACAAAUAAGAAAAACAUGAAGAAUAUAGCUCUGGAUUUUUUUUACAUUGGCCCUUAAAACAUAAGCUGAGCUUGUCGGGCUCUCAAAUGGAUGUUAACUAAGGGAGGAGAAGUGGUCUUCUAAACUAAAGGAGUUGCCUUAAUUUUCUCGUUGGUGAUGCAGAGUUUCUUUUCUUUUCACAUAUAAGCCUAAUAACCUUGCUGAACUUCUCUGAUUGGGUUGAGGGAGAGGACGAACAUAUGCUAUGAAUCCCAGAAAGUCUUCCCUGGAAGUAAAUGGAUUUUAAAAAUAUAUUUAUCAAGCUCUAAAUCAUCAUAAGGUAUAGUAAGACUGGGAUAUAGGCCCAGACCCUGUGUAGUAUUGCUCCCUCCCCUGGGGACCACACUAGUAUAUAGUGAUCCUGCAAUGGUGUAGAGCUGGCAAAACAGCUCCUGCACAACCUCAUUUCCCUGAUACCAGCUUAAAUUUGAAAUUGAGCAUUGACCCCAGUAGACUUGGGGACCAUGAAUAUGAAACACCUCUAUGCAUCCUGGAAUGUUUCCAUUCAAUAUUACUGCUAAGCCUUCCCAUAUUUGCAAAAGAGCAAGAGAGAUAUUCCCAUUAAGAUUUAUUUGUCAAAUGGAGACACUGUGCAUUGGAUUAGAAUUGAAAAGCGAGUGUAGUUCUUUUGGCACAAUUUUAGCUCAAAUCCUGCCCUCAGUUAGGCUAUGUGUGCUAGCUCUCACUGAGCAUUCACUGAGCUAUCAUGGGUCUGUGUACACAAGCAAGUGACUCACACCCUUAGCUCUUAGUGUAGACAUAGCUUUAGACUGGUACACUGAAGUCAGUGAAGUUGCACUGGUUUAACUGAGAUAACUUUUUAGUUCUCACUGCCUUGAAUGCAUCCCACUUCUGCCCCUCACAUUUGGCUGUGUUUUCAUCUGUUUAUAUUUGCAUUUCCGCUCACAUUCUUGCAAACUGUGUUUUCAUUCAUCUUCUCAUGGGCAAUGGUUGUUCUGUGUGCAAAUUAUGAGGUGAAGAUCGUUUCUCUAUGGGGGAGAAGGGGAUGGCAGGAUGGGGUAUGGGACAUGUGCAAGGAAAUAUGACUACCUCCUACCCACCUCUUUCUCUAUGAUUUACUUGUUGGCAGAGAAAGGACUGGGGAGUCCUUGCUCACAGGGAUUAAUAUUUUGGUCCACCAUUCUAUUGGCUUAAUAGAGAAAGGUGGGUGUUGCAGGGAAGGAAGUCUCCUAGCACACAUCCCUGUCCUUUCAUGUGCAUUCACAAAAACAAAUUACUGCUUAACCCAUAGAGGAGUAGAUCUCUACAUUCUUUAUCCUUGCCCACCUUAGUUUCCCAAAGCUAUUUGUUUCAAAGUGUUUGUGAGUUAAUAUGUUUAUAUGUAUAUUAAUUUAUAUCUUUAUUGUUAAUGUUCCUGAGAUGUAAUAUUCUGCUAUAUAUACCUGCUGAAAAAUGAAUGCAUAAGAUCCAGUAAAAUACUCUAAAGCCCAUAAUAUCAUGUUCAGCCUUUGUAACUUAAAAAAAUGUGUUUAGCAUUUGUUAAAUACAUUUGGUAUAUCAUACAGCAGGUAAUUUUAAAAAAUCACCUAUAAAUUUUUGGAUGCUUGUCUUAUUCAUUCACUGAGUUACCAUGAUAUAUGGUGUGGUGCAUUGCAAUAAAAACACAGUAAAUUGCAUUGCAAUUUCAAUGGAAAUAAUGGCAGCUAUGCCAUGACUCAAGGUAUUUUAUAGUAAUAUGGUCGUGUAAAUUAUCAUGUCUCCAGUGCAUCUAUCCUAUAUUAACAGAGUUAUACAUACACAUUAUACUAGACACAAUGUUUUAUUGGGCUUUGGCACUCUGAAGAAACAGCGUUCAUGACACCUUAGGUAAGGUUGCAAACAGGUUUCAUUUUAAACCCUAUUUUUACCCUUCUGAUACCUAAGAAUGUUGGUUUGUCUUGAAAAUUGCCAUAUUUACUUGAAAGCAAAAAAGAAAAUCUUACCCAAAAUUUGAAUAAAAUUGAUUUUAGAGUUAUGGCCCAUUUAACAAGUAUUCUGAUAUGAAAUUAUGGUGAGUUUCUACUAUCUAUUUCAGUUCUUCUCUAUCAAAACAGC